AUGUCUGAAUCCCAGUUCGAGAAAGCCGUAGCCAUCAUCGGCUCCCUUCCCAAAGAUGGGCCAGUCAAACCUACCCAGGAUGACCAGCUUUUCUUCUACAAGUAUUUCAAGCAAGCUAAAGUCGGAGAUAACACCACCACUCGCCCUGGCAUGCUCGAUUUUACAGGCAAGGCCAAAUGGGACGCAUGGACCUCGGUGAAGGGUACUACCAAGGAGGAGGCUUACAAAAAAUACGUUGAGAAACUUAUCGCGAUCCUCGAAGCUGCUGGAGACGAGCAGUCUAAGAAAUACAUUGAAGAGAUCAACGCUGCCUAA